AUGUCAUUAAGAGUCUUUGGUAGUUCUUCUACAUUGUUUGCAAUUUUCGUGGCAAACAUUUCAAAAUCGACCGCUCCUCCACACGCAGAACAUCAUCAUUCCAAAAAGAAAGAACAAUACCAUCAUCAUUCUCAUCAAUUUCAAUACCAACAACCUAAAUCAAGAUAUCUUGCAUUCUCAAAGUAUAAUCGGAAAAUAGGCGAUGAGUCAAAUAUUACAAAGUCCAAAUCCAAAAAUUCAAAGACAAGCAAACGAAAAUAA